AAUUGAGAAUAAACUACAAUGUCAAUACUACUCGAAGAACUAUUCGGAAAGAAAAUAGCCGAGAAAAAGUAUAAAUUCAGAUACAGACCUCAAAUAAAAUCUAACAUAUUAGCUCCAAAGACUUUAAUUCUCAGAAGAAAGGAGAAAAUGAAUGAGAAAGUAUUUAUGGAUAAGCUAAGCUACAACGGGAAUCUUCAAACCACACUUCCAUUCACCAGUGAAGCUCAGGUUAAGAAAAUAAAAGACUAUGAAUUUUUUGCUGAAGAAAUGAGAAAGGGACAAAGUGAAGCCAAGACAGACCCUCCUUCCAAAGUGAGAAAAGUGAUCAGACUAAAGAAAAAGAUACACCUUCUCACACCUCAACUGUCUACUCCAAAACUACCUGAACUGCCAUCAAUCCCUAGACCUAGAGUCCAAAAGGUCUCACUUGGGAGGGCUCAGACAAAGAAUACAUCAAUCUCUUCUUCAUCAAUAGCUACAAGAGCGGACACUGCAACUAUUAAGAAAAUGUCCUCUCUUUCCUCCAUUUCGCCUUUUAAUGCAUUGAGAAAGAGUCGUAGAAAUAUUUCUACUCCUUUUACAAGAAAACUCAAAAGAUCUGUGAACCAGUUCUCAGGAAAACUGAGCGUAACAGGGAUGAUUAGUCGGAGGUUACCUCAGAGACCUUCACCAACUCGUUUGGAAAGAAAAGCAGUUUAUUCCUUCCAGCAGAAUAAUUCAGCAACGAGGAGUAUUAACUUCUCUGACUGUGUUAUUAAUCUUUAUUCAUAAGAUUCUUGACUGUA